AUGCCUCCAAAACGAACACUCCCAGAGCAAUUCGCUCAACCCGCGCGUAAAUGUCGACGAACAAUAAACUAUGCCGAGAGCGAGGACGAAUCAGACGGUCAAGAUAACUCCGAGAGCGAGUCUGAAGUCUACGACAAUGACAGCACAGCGGAGAGCGAGAUUGAGGUCUACAAAAAUGACAGCAGAGCGGAGAGCGAGAUUGUGGUGGUCCACAAAAAAAAUAACAGCACAACGGAGAGCCAGUAUGAAGUCUACAACAUAGACAGCGUAUCAGAGAGCGAGUCCGAGGCCACAUCGGAGAGCGAUGACGGAUCAGAUAUCGAGUACAAAGACACCGUCUCAAAAACAAAGUGCAACAAGCGCGUCUCCACGAACCGCCGAUUCAGAUCACCUACAUCCCGCUAUGCCGUACGACCCACAGUGCGCAACACUCGCGCGAACAUCGACACUCCCUCCCCUAAGGCCACACAUCCCACAAAGCGCCUCACUCGCUCAAACAGCGGCGCUCGGUCCGGGAUCCGCAAAGAUUCAGGCAUCAACAAUCACGCCAGGUAUCAAAGCAAUACUACCCCAUCACGAUCCAAAUCUGCCUCAACACCAGCGGAAGACAAGCCCUGGAUACCGUUAUUCUCCACCAUCCCCUUCAGAGCAUCCCGACGUGCCGAAGACAAACCCUGGGUACCUUUAUUCCCCAACCCUCCCAGCACCGCCGAAUUCCAAGAUGUGCCAGGGCAGCAGCAGCAGCAAGAAUAUGAGAACGCAGACCCCGAUUCCGAUUCCGAUUCCGACGACGACGACGACGACUACGAWGAUGACGACGAAGAAACCGAAACCGGAUUAGGAAAGACACUUCCCGGCUCAAUCUACCCCUCAGAACCCAUCUUCAGCAUAAUGGACCCCCUCAACCCCUUCAACCCCUCCAAUUUCCGAAGCUGCAUGGCAGAUUUACCUGAAGACAUCACCGACGAUGAAGCUUCUGGUCCUAGCAGUGGUGGUGUCCGUAAAGCCGUCCGGAAAGCAGAGGACCUCGAGGAGUCUGAAAGUAGCGAGUCUGAAAGCAGCGAGUACACCGGCUCCGACGACGAAAAAGACAAAGAGGACGAUGAUGAUGAUGAUUGA